AGAGAAUAGAGUUCAUUGGGCGGGAUUAAUUGUUGAAGAUCUCUCAAAGGCAUCGCUAAAGGGAGUUUUCAAAGUAGGGACGUGAAUUUUUGCCCGUACCAGUUGUUUCCUUCCCUCCCCUUCCAUCCUGUUCAGCAUACGUCCAUAGCUGCCACUGCUUCAAAACAACGUCAGAUACAGGCAAAACAUACAGACAAAACAUGGCUGCCUGCUGCAAUAGAUUUGUCGACGUAGUCUUCCUCGUUUUCUUAUCCCUCACCUGUUGUCAGGCAACUUACCUGUCAUUUAGUUAUGGUGUUCUUGAAGCGAAGAAUGGGACUACCGAAGGCAGUUUUUGUGUCAUCUACUAUCCCAAUAUCACAAGUUAUCCAUCAGAAAAGGCUGAAGCGACAUACGAACCAGUCAUUGACUUGUCGUCAUGGGAUGGUUGCAGCGAGACUCCCCCCAACUCAGAUGACAUUUCAGACAAGUUUGUGAUAACAAGCAAUGGGAACUGUUCGAUUGUUACCAAAGCGGAAACCAUAAAACGAUUCAAGGGGAAAGGACUUCUGAUUGUGACAGCCCAAGUGAUGCACCUGCCAGACAAUAUUAGUUAUCCUGUUGCCAUCCCUGUUGCUCUUAUCGGACAAGGCUCAAAAGAUAUUCUUGUGGGACUUGGAAGCCAUGUUCAAAUAUUUAUUUAUUCUCCAAUUGAUGGCUCCCAUAUGGAUUAUAGCCUGCUUGUUAUUUGGAGCUUAGCAGUUUUAACAGUAGGCAUAGGUGCCUACUGGAGUGGACUUGUUCGCCAUGAUCUACAAAAGCAGAGCCGCCUGAUCUCUCAAGGGAAUUCAGGUGAAGUGUCAGAAGAGGCCAAAGCCAUCCUUCAAGAGGAAGUUUCUUUAUCUGUGACACCCAUGCUUGUGGGUGUGUUUGUGCUCUGCAUGUGCGGCAUGCUUCUACUUCUCUACUUUUUCUUCAGCUAUUUGGUUUACGUCAUUAUCGGCCUGUUCGUUUUGGCGUCAACGACAGCUGUUUACCAGUGCCUUGAGCCCAUUGUACGUCGUAUCCCGGUCGGCGCUGUCAAAUUACCUCGUUGUAAUAUAGGCUUUGUGCGAGUGCACGUUGAAGCUCGCCAACUUGUUUUAUUUAUUGGCGCUGUAGCACUUGCAGCAUGUUGGGUUGUUUACCGUAAAGAGAAAUUUUCGUGGAUUCUCCAGGAUAUUCUGGGUUUUGCGUUCAGCGUCAAUAUGAUCCGUCAGGUGCGGUUGCCCAGCCUGAAAAUCUGCACUCUGCUUCUAGUCCUGCUCUUCUUUUACGAUAUUUUCUUCGUCUUCAUUACGCCGCUUUUCACCAAGAACGGCCAAAGCGUGAUGGUGGAGGUGGCAACAGGCGGAGGAUCGGGUGUCUCUGGAGGAACGGGAGGCAACAGCGGAAGUUCUUCGGGCGGCGAUGAGCAACUGCCCAUGGUCAUCCGUGUCCCGCACUUGGGUUACGACCCACUGAGCGUUUGCUGGCAACGCUACUCGCUGCUCGGCUUCGGCGAUAUUCUCGUGCCCGGCAUGCUGGUUGGUUUUUGUCACGGUUUCGAUUUGGCAACCGCCAACCGCCGGAAACUCUACUACAUCAGCACGUUGGUCGCCUAUGGCCUGGGCCUCAUGGUGACCUUUGCCGGCCUCUACCUGAUGGCUGUCGCUCAACCGGCCUUGCUGUAUUUAGUGCCUUUCACGCUCAUUCCCGUUUUCAUGCUGGGUCUUUGUCGUCGAGAGUUUACCCUCCUCUGGAAUGGAGACGGACAGGUUGUGGAGAACACGCGGUUAACCGACAGUUCGAAGUUAGAAAGCGCGCGACCCGAUGUAGACCUGGACAAGGAAUCUCUACCCGAAAGGGCGUCGUCCAAAGACAGAGACGCGUUGAUGGACUAAAAAGCAAUCUCGAUUGGCAAAGUGCUGGUCACAACAAUGAAGACCAAGAAGUUAUGCUCUACGUUUAUUAUCGGUUUGCCCUUUUUUUUAUUCCUAAAUUUAUUUCAAAAAUCGCAAACUUGCAACAACAAACAAAAAGGAAAAAAAAAAAAAAAAAAAAAAAAAAAAAAAAAAAGUCAAACAUCGUAUUCACAUAUGGUUCUCCCUCCUUUCGCGGAUUGCUGUCCAGCGCUCAUACAUUUUCAUCCUUUCUUUGGCCUAA